AUGGCGCGGGACUCGCAGGGCCGCACCUUCUUCGCGAACCGGUCCUCCGGGGCGAGCACCUGGACGCACCCGCUGGAGCCCUCCCUGCGGGAGCUCGCGGGCGUCUGCCGCAUGUGCCUCACGUUCCCUGCCGCGCUGCGAGAGUCGACGAUCUCCACCCUGCUGGAGACGUGGCAAGCGGAGGCGAAGCAGGAGCUCGCCAAGUGGUAUUCUGUCAAGCACGACAACGGGAGGGAGUAUUACUGCCACCGGGAGACGUGGGAGGCCAUGUGGGAGCACCCGGCCGAGGUCGUGCUGCCCAUGCACUACCUCAAGAUCCGCUCCAUCGAGCGCCUUCGCGACGAGGGCUACUUGACGAGCCUGCGCAACCGGGACACCGUGAUAAAGGAGUCACCAGUGCCAGAAGCCCAGGCUAUGACGCAAAAGCUCACUGGUGUUUCGAUAGACACAGCCGCCGCCGAAUCGGAUGCCCCGACGCGAGAGGCCACGCCGAAGCGCGAUGCCAACAGCACCAGCAACAGGCCGGUCGACCAGCAGGCCCAGCAGGCUCCGUCGGGCUACCCCGUCGACCAGAAGGCUGAGCAGCAGUUCUCGCCACAGACUACGCUGGCGCAGCCGUCGGGGCAGAUACCCCUCUCGCAGAGAACCCAGGGGUCAGUGCGGCGCGUUCCCAUGUCUGGUACCACCUCCCCUGAGGUGACUCAGACGAUGUACGCGAAAAGCAAGGCGAGCACGGGACGGGCCCCGAGCAGGGAGCAGUCCCAAGGCGGCCAGUACCAGGUGCGGAGGAUGGAGACCCCACCGCAGCAGAUGCAGAAGCUGCGUGAGGAGGCCAGGGAACACCAGCUGAAGGAGCAGCAGCUCCGCGCGGAGCUCAUCGAGGCCAAGAACCAGCAGCUGCAGACCCCACAGCAGCUGCAGGCACUGCGGGAGGAGGCGAGGCAGCAUCAGCUGAUGGAGCAGCAGCUCCGCUCGGAGCUUAUCGAGGCGAAGAACAAGCAGCUGCAGGAGGUGGCUCGUGCCAAGGACGUCGCGAUCUCCGCGGCGGGGCAGCACAUCAUUUCGGAGGAGCAGCUCCGCUCUGAGCUCGUGGAGGCCAAGCAGCAGCACUGGCAGGAGGUUGCCCGCUCCAAGGACGCCGCGAUCACCGCGGCGGAGGAGACGCGCGCCCAGCAGAGCCAGCUGCGCGACCUGGAGGAGGUGCGGCGGGACCUGGAGCGCCAGCUCGGCGACGCCACCGCGGCGAAGACCGCGCUGCAGGACGAGCUGCGACUCGCGGAGGCGAACCUGCAGGCUGCUGGCGCCGCCGCCCAGCAGCGGGCAUCGCAGCUCGAGGCGGAGCUGCAGCAAGAGCGCCACACCACCGAGGAGCAGGCGAUGGACUGCGAGAACCUGUCCUCUGGCUUCCGCCACGCUCUCGAGAGCGUCGCAGAGGCAGAGCGCGCCAAGCUUUUCCUCGAGGUGAGGCUGGCAGCGCUGUACAAGGACGAGGUGACCAGGGACAGCAUUCUUAACCUGCAGGAGGACGUGAACCGGGCCUUCCUCGAGGCAGCCUACGAGGAGGAGUUGGGCAGAAGGGAGAGGCUCUUGGCCAUGGACAGCGGGCGCCAGGACAUGAGCCGACUGCUGGAGCAGGCAUCCGCCCGCCAGGCUGGCCUCGAGCAGGAGCUCGAGGCCGCGGAGAUGGAGCUGCGCGAGAGCCGGGCCGUCGCCAUGGACUUCAAGGAGUGGACGACGAACGCGGAGGCGGAGCUGGAACAGGAGCGCGAGCAGGCGCGGAAGACUGAGCUCGCAUACGAGCAGCUCGCCGCAGAGCGGUCGGCGUCUGAGAGGCAGAGGGACGAGCUGCAGGAUCGGCUCUCCCAGGCCGAGAAGGAGCUCGCCGGCAUCCAGUCGUCCUCGGGCGAGUCGGCCUACCUGCGGGAGCAGCUUGCAGAGUUGUCCGCCAACGCGGGCGCGGUACAGUCCGAGUACGAGCAGGCGAUGCAGGAGCUCAGCGCCGCAAAGGCGGCGGGCAACGACACGAAGGAUCGCGCCCUCCAGGCGGAGGCACAGCUCCUCGCCGACCGCCGCAACUUCGACCAGGCGCUGGAGCAGGUGCGCGACGCCGAGCGCGCCCGCGCCACGCUGGAGGCGAAGCUCGCGAUCGUGGAGAAGGGCAUGGAGGAGCGCGACUCGCUGGCGGCUCGCGUGCACGAGCUCUCCGUCGAGCUGGCCGAGGCGCUGUCGCAGGGCCAGAAGGCCGCCGCGGACGAGGCCUCCGCCGACAGGGGCGCUGGCGGCGCCGGCGACGACAGGGCGCAGCAGCUGGAGGAGCAGCUGCGGCAGGCGGAGGCGCAGCUGCAGGAGGCGCAGGAGCGCGUCGAGGCGCUCGGCGCGGAGGCCGCGGCGCAGGAGGCGGGCCGGGGGGCCCAGGCCGCGGACUGGAGCGCCAGGCUGGAGGCGCUGCAGGCGCAGGUCGCCACGCAGGCGGAGACCGCGAAGGCCUCGCUGGAGAGGCAGAAGGUGGACCUGGCCGAGGCGAGGCUGCAGCAGUCGCAGGCCGAGCUGGAGCGCGCCGCCGCGGAGCGCGAGUCGCUGCAGACCUCGCUGCAGGCGGCCAACGCGGCGAACGCCAGCAUGGCCGGGCUGCAGGCCGUGCUCGAGCGCGAGCAGGACCCCCGAGCGGGAGCGGGAGCUCUCGGCCAAGGCCGCGGCCGCCGAGCUCCAGCUCGCGGAGGAGCGCCGGAACCUGGAGCGGGUGGAGCAGAGGCUGGAGCGCCUGGAGCAGGCGCAGGCCGAGGCGAGGGCGGAGGAGCGCAGCGCUCCCCCGUCGCGCCUGGAGAGGGUGCGGAGCAACCAGCUGGAGUUCUCCACCCCGCCGUCGCCGCAGGCGUCGCAGGCCACCGAGGCGCAGCUGAUGCAGGAGAGCGGAUGAGCAUGUCGGUGCUGGAGAUGAAGCUGCAGGCCUCCCAGGCCGCGGUGGAGGCCGCAGAGAAGGCGAGGGCCGAGCUGACCGCCCAGAUGCAGGAGGAGCAGCGGCGCCAGGUGGCCAUCGCGCGCGAGACCGGGCAGCUGCAGGCCGCCCUGGAGGCGCAGCGGGAGGUGUCCGAGCGGGCCAGGGAGCGGCUGGCGCAGCUGGAGCGGCUGCAGGACGGGUCCACGGAGGAGAAGAUCAAGGCGCAGAGGGAGUUGACGGAGGAGCGGAUGCGCGUGGAGCUCGCGGAGUACAAGCUGAGGGAGUCCAACGCGGCCCUGGCCGCCGUGUCCUCCGAGCGGGCCGCGCUGCAGGCCUCCUUGGCCGAGCAGCAGCAGCGCCAGCAGCAGCUCAGCGCCCGCGCGGCGGAGCUGGAGGAGCGGCUGGCGCUGGAGCAGCGAGGGGCCGAGGCCGCCGAGAGGAGGCUGGCGGGCAUGGAGGCCGAGUCCGCCAAGGGGGCCGCGGAGCGCAGCGCGCUGGCCGUGCGGCUGGCGGAGGAGGAGGGCCUGCGCGCCUCCCUGCAGCAGAACCUCGCCUCGCAGCGCCGCAUCUCCGAGCAGCUCUCGCAGGGCAACGCGGCGGAGGAGCUCACGGAGAUGCUCACGGCCGAGCAGACGAAGCACGAGGGGCUGCAGGCCCGGGUGGGGUCCAUGGAGGCCCAGCUCGAGCAGGAGCGCGCGUCCCUGGAGGCGGCCCGCGCCCGCCUGGGGGAGGCCGAGGCGGCCGCGAGGGAGGCGGCGGACAGCCUCGCGGCCAGGACGGCCGCCCACGCCGCCGAGGCGGCGGCCCUGGAGAGCCAGCUCGGGCAGGCGCGGCGCAGCGCGGAGGCCCUCGAGCAGCGCCUGGCGCGCCUCGAGGCCGACGAGGAGGCCCAGGGCAGCGAUCGGAUGAGGAGCCUCGAGGGCGCGGAGGAGCGCGUGGCCGGGCUCCGGGCGGAGCUCGCCGAGGAGCGCGAGCGCCGGGAGGCAAUGAGCCAGCAGGCCGCGCGGGAGGGCGAGGAGCGGCUGGCCGAGGUCCGGAGCGAGCUCGCCCAGGAGCAGAGGCAGCAGGAUCGGGGGAGCUGA